AUGCACUACAGCAGCGACCGCUUGUCGCAGAGCAACAGUGACGCCAUCUCUGAUUUCAGCGCAACAUCUUCCACAGGCGCAGCGAUCGCCGCUCACCGAGCACCAUCUGCUUUUGCAUCCACCGCAACAGAUCCCUCUAUUCCCUCCCAAUCCUCUCUCCUCAACGCACCAUCUUCAACGUCCCUUGCUACACCCAAAACUACUGAGCAGCAGCAGCGCCAUCUGUCAUCGUCGUUUGCAUCUCACAACGAUGCUCCCUCGCUAGUCCUUCCCGACGGCGCUGACAGUGGUACCAGACCGACAUUCAGUCGUCAGUCGUUUUCUGACGGUCCCUCCCCCUCGGCUGCUUUCCUGCUCUCCGCCGACGCUACCUCCUCUUCUGUCAACGCGCGUUCCGGCUCCUUCUCUGGCAGCUUUCCACCCGUAGAUUCCAGCAGCCCGCUGCCGCAGCACACAGCUGCUCCAGGUGCUGGCCUGUCUGAUCCACCGUCGGGCAUCAAUACACCACCAGCUCCCAGCACCGGCCCUCUCUCCGCCUCGGAUCCACGCACACAGCUGCUCGUCUCAAACUUGCCCUACCGGGUAAGAUGGCAAGACCUCAAGGAUCUCUUUCGCAAGGCCGGCACAGUGCUCCGUGCUGAUGUCUCCCUGAGCGCCGACAACCGUAGUCGAGGUUACGGCACCGUGCUCAUGGCCACUGAGCAGGAUGCCAUCAAAGCUGCCGACCUCCUCGGCGGCUUCACGUGGCAAGGCAGAACGCUUGACGUUCGUGUCGAUCGUAGCGGGGCGCUGCUCGGCGUUGCCGGUAGCGCUGUUAUGCCCACCAUCACUCCAAAUCCCGCUUCGUCGCCCAACCUCUUCGCAAGCGCCCCGCCAGCGACAAGUCCCGGCGCAUUCUCUUUGGAGCCGAGUCCAGGCGCGCAGCAAUUCCUCGGCAUUCCAGCUGGCAGCUUCAAUAGUGGCAACGCUUCUUCGCCAACCUCAUUCUCGGGCGCAGCUUCCCCUGCUCUCCCCUCCUCGGGGAAUCGACCAGCUGAUCACUCGCACCGCAUGCCGACGCGCGCUUCCUUUUCGGCUCACCCGGACGCAAAUUUCGCCGGAGGCGAAUAUCAGCCUUCGGAGUUUGAACGAGCAAUGCUGCAUGGCCAGGGUCCGUCCGCUUCUUCCGGCAACGCAACACCCAACCGUCAUCGGCCCGGUACCAACUUUGAUGCUAGCUAUGGCGGCCAGCCGCAGCAUCGCGCGGUAUCUGCCGUUCAGUCACUCGCUUCGCACCCGAUGAGCUCGCGCCGAGGCUCGGAAGCCGGAAGCGCCGUUGGCAGCAACUCGUCCUCUCCUGGUCCGUGGAGCUCCUCCGUCAACGACGCAGCUGCUAGCAUGUACGCGCAAAGUGCCGGUGGUUCCUCUGUCCCCACAGGUUUUCCAGGCGCCCCCGCCAUGGCGCCGUGGCCAGCAGGUCCAGGCUCAUUCGGAGGCCAGGCCAUGGCAUCCAUGCAGUCUCAACCUUUUGGCUCGCAGAUGCCAACCACCUCGUACGCUGGCAGAGUACUUUUCGUCGGAAACCUCCCUUUCCAUUGCCAGUGGCAAGAUCUCAAGGAUCUCUUCCGCGCCGCCGGCAGUAUCCAGCGUGCAGAUGUCGCCAUCGGUCCCGAUGGACGAAGUCGUGGAUUCGGUACCGUCCUGUUUUCAUCGCAAGAGGAUGCACAGAACGCAGUGCGCCUCUACCAUGGAUACGAGUACAGCGGACGAACGCUCAAGGUGCACUUUGACCGCUUCGCCACGCAGAAUGGGCCGGCGGUCGGCACACCUGGCAACCCAGCCCAGUACACUGGCGCCUUUGCUGCGGCUGCUCUGCCAUCCCACAUGACCAACAACGUGCGAGCUCCUCCUGUUGUUCCGCAAGCUCAGCAACAAGCCAUGCAAGGCGCAUUCGGCCAGGCGCAAUAUUCGCAGCACGGCUUGCCUCAAUACCAGCAAAGAACCGGCGCGUCGAUGCCCUUCGGGGUGGCUCAACAGGGGCAGGGUUCCUUCGGUUACGGCCAGGCAGCGUUUCAGCCGCAGAAUACACCAAACCCAAAUGCUCAAUUCAAUCCGCCCUUUCAAUCUUCGCAGCAGCUCCAGCAUCAGCAACGCCAGCAGCAACAGAGGCAUGUGCAGCAACCGCACCAUUCGACGUCCGCCUUUUCCGCUUUUGGCAACGUCGGCGCCUCCUCUCAGCAGACAUUCUCAACGUUCAGCAGUCUGGCAGAUCUUCGCAAGAACGAUCAGACAAGCAGUGGAGCGGAAGGGGACGAAACGAGCGCCCAACCCCUCGGCACGUAUUCCGAGAUCGAUGGCUCUCAUGCGAGGACGAGUGCAGCAUCUGCGCGAGACGCCGAUUACGGCAUGUCGAUCACGAUGCCUGCCAACGACUUUGGCGCAGCUUCGUCGUACCUGCCUUCCGACCUCAUGUCUCCUGGUCUCGUCUCGCCGCCUGCACCGACACAGCACAGCCAGCAGAAUGCGUCGCACCCUGGCCGUAUCCAGCUGCCAUCGACGACUUUCGCCAACAGCUUUGGCGCUGCAAUGGGCCGUCAGCCAGCAGGUCAGACGAGUGACAUGGCCGCACGUAUGCAGGUGCCCAUGACCCCGAGUAUGCCAGGCUUCACCUUUCAGCAGGUACCAGAGACGCCACCGCUCUAUCCGCAGUUUCUCAGUCCGGGUUUGGACCCUUUCAGCCCCACGGUUGGCGGUGCCGAUGCAGCAUCCCACACCACAGGCGCACAUACGGGCGGCGCCGAAUACUCGAAUGCAGCUCCCGGUGUUGCUUACAACGUUCCGGUCCCUUUGACGCCGGGUGCGCCUCUCGGAUACAACCCUAGGCUCCCCCCGGCAGGUGCUUACGGUGGUGACCAUCAACAGCAGCAACCGGCGACGCCGCACUGGUCUCAGACGCCCGGACCACGCAGAGCUGUUGGCGGCAACGGUGCAGCCGUGCGUCACUCGAUGGGCGCGCACGAUCCAGAAGCGGAUGAGGUGGUGGAUGCUGCGACCAGGAUGGGGAUCGCAAAGACGCCUGGUGCUGGACCUCGUCGUCCUUCGCAUGCAGACGUCGGCGGCCAUAAGCCGCCCUCACGACGAGCCUCUGUUGCUACGCCAGGGGCUGUCGAGCCCUCGCUGGAUGACGGAUAUCCGUUCCCGGUGGUGACUGCUGGCAACAUGCAGCACCUCACACGCCGUGCGUCGAUGGACUCUCCAGCACAGACUCCGCUUGCAUCGGGACCAACGGGGUCGCGCAGCAGCAACAGCAAGCCGGACUCGGCGCCCGUUCCUGCAGCAGCGGGUGAGGUACUGGCUGGCACCAGCGCCGAAGAGCUCGCCAAUACGAUCGCCAGGCUCAGCGUCAAAGGCACCGCCCUGGCUCGCGAGUCGAACACGCGACGAAGUCUCAGCAUGACGGCGGAACGCAGUGCUGCAGCAUCGGCCAUGGCAAAACUGCAGCAGAAGACGGGCACUCCCACGCCUCCGGCUCAGGAUGCCGCUGAUGGAGAAGAAGCGACCGUCGGGCUGGGAGCCCCAUUCGGCGAAAAUCCUCAACCUCCACGACUCGGUUUGUCGGGCAGAGUGACUUCAACUGGCACCAUACACACGUCUAGCCCACUCGCAAGUUCUCAGGUCGAACCGUCGAAAGAAGUGUUUGGGAUGAACGUAUCGACUUCGGCGAUGGAAGCAGCGAGGAACGGAUCAGCGUUGGACACCGAGGAUGCAGCUGGAAGUCGAUGA